AUGAAGUGUUCUGCUUUCGUUUUCGGCGCUCUCGCAACGCUUGCGGCUUCACAAACGGCAGCCCCGUAUACUGACGUAAAGUCGGGCAUUACGUUCAACACCCUUCAGCACAGUAGCGGCAUGUUCUUUGGUCUUGCACUUCCAGCCAACGCCACGGGAAACAGUGACUUCAUCGCAACGAUUGGUGGCAAAGGCUUAGGAUGGAGCGGUGUAUCCCUUGGGGGCGGCAUGCUCAAUAAGCUUUUGAUCGUCGCCUGGCCAAAUGCCCAAGCUGUAGUAAGCAGCUUCAGAAAAACUGCUCAAUAUGGCUCUCCAGCCGUCGCAACCGCAUCCUUUACGCAGACGCCGAUAGCGAAUGGCACAUAUGUCAACAGCACGCACUGGACGUACACAUUCCUUUGCUCAAAGUGCAUCCAGACGGAUGGCACGACGUUCAAGUUUACAGAUACGGCACCGAGUCUUGGCUUUGCGCUGAAUCCGACUGCGCCAGCCCAGAAGACGAACCCAGCAUCUAGCGUAUCCAAGCACACUGCGCAGGGGCAAGCAGUGUUCGAUCUAAGCAAAGCUAAGAGCGACCAGUUCGAGAUUUGGAAGGCUUACGCUGUACCCAGACUUGUUGCGACCUUUUCGAGCUAG